AUGGAAUCCGCCAAGGUCCCCGUCAAGCUCGUCAAGGUCACCCGCGUCCUCGGCCGUACCGGCUCUCGCGGUGGUGUUACCCAGGUUCGCGUUGAGUUCAUGGACGACACUACCCGUUCCAUCAUCCGUAACGUCAAGGGUCCCGUCCGUGAGGACGACAUCCUCUGCCUGCUCGAGUCCGAGCGUGAGGCCCGCCGUCUCCGAUAA